UCACGUUGCCGGGGUGACAGCGGUCAGAUGGAUAAAGAUGGCGGCUCAGGGCGGGGGGUCUCUGCUCGCUAUGGGGGCCCUGCUCGUCCUGGCCUGCCAAUCACCGGCCACCACCAUCAACUGCCGACACCGAGCACCGGGGCCUGAGGAGGUCAUAUACCAAGUCCACCAGAGGACCAAUCACGUCUGGAAGCGGCACACCGAGCAACAGCUGAGGGUGAAGAUCCAAUACGACGUCAGUAUAGAAAAGUUGCUGCCAACGAAGAAGAGACUCGUCCAGAACAAGCUCUUCCCACAAGCCAUUUCCUACCUCCAGAAGACCUUCCAGGUGCGCAGACCCAGCGGCUCCAUCUUGCUGAGCAGGCAAUGUGCCAACAACCAAUACCUGAAGAGGAAGUCGGAUCCUCACCGAUACUGUCAUGGCGCCUGCGCUCAGCACACGAGGUGCGGCCCGGUCAUCGUCCCCGAGGAACAUCUACAGCAAUGUAUGCUGUGCAGUGACACCGAGAACUAUUGUGGCCCCUCCGGGCCCCCGGACAGCGGAGGUAUCAGGGACAUCGACUUUGUCCUUUAUGUCAGUGCCAUCAUCACGGAGAGGUGCAGCCAGGAAAACAUUGUCGCUUACGCAGCAUAUUGCCAACUGGAAGCCGAGAUGGACAGGCCCAUAGCGGGAUAUGCAAACCUCUGUCCCAACAUGAUCUCCACCCAGCCCCAGGAGUACACCGGAAUGUUCUCUACAGUGAAGCACGAAAUUAUUCACGCCCUGGGAUUCUCCGCCGGGCUCUUCGCGUUAUAUCGGGAUGAUAACGGCGAUCCUCUGACCCCGAGGUACCUGAAUGGGCUCCCGCUCUUCAAUGACAGCCUGGGGGUGUAUCAGUGGAGCCAUCGCGUUGUCCGCGCUGUGACCCGGAACUGGGACGUCAGCGGCACCAACAUCAUCCAACACAAAGUCUUCCUGCUGGUCACUCCCCGUGUCACGGACGAGGUCCGCAAACAUUUUAACUGCCCGACCCUAGAAGGGAUGGAGCUGGAGAACCAGGGGGGGAUGGGCACUGAGCUGAACCACUGGGAGAAGAGGCUGCUGGAGAAUGAAGCCAUGACGGGUUCCCACACCCAGAACCGGGUGUUUUCCAGGAUAACUCUGGCGCUGAUGGAGGACACGGGCUGGUACAGAGCCAACUACAGCAUGGCGCAGAGACUGGACUGGGGCCGGGGGAAGGGCUGCGAUUUUGUCAUGAAGAGCUGUAAAUUUUGGAUUGAUCAGCAGAGCAGGAGGAAUCGCAGUGUCAGCCCCUUCUGCCACACACUCAGGAGUAACCCUUUAAAACUGGCCUGCAGGCAAGACCAGAGAGCUGUGGCAAUAUGUAAUCUGCAGAGGUUUCCCCAGCGACUCCCUCAGGAGUAUCAGUACUUUGAUGCCAUCCCCGGGGUUCCCCCUAAAGACCUGCCACACUACGGAGGUGCAGUUGAGAUAGCCGACUUUUGCCCCUUCACACAGGAAUUCAGUUGGCAUCUGAGCGGAGAGUUCCAGCGCAGCUCGGACUGUACAUUGGCGCAGAAUCAGCCAGCUUCUUCCAGGAAUUACGGUGCGGAGCGUUAUGGGCCGGACUCUGCUUGUCUGGAACAGCGAUCGGCCUUUGUCAUGGAGCAAUGUAUGAAACGUAUGAGUUACCCGGACUGGGGCAGCGGCUGUUACCAGGUGAGCUGCUGCUCUGAUGGCCUCCAAGUCUGGGUGGAAGACUCUCCGUACCUGUGUUCCCAGGCUGGCCAGAUACUCGCCGUCCGUGCCAACAUCAACGGCUGGUUUUAUGAGGGGCAUCUAGUGUGCCCAUCCUGCUCGGACUUCUGUGACAUGUGCCCACCUGAGCGAGAGCCACCACCAGACAAUGGGACCAGACUGGCCCCAAUAGAUCUCUGCUCUCGAUCCUCCAACUUGGUGGUCACCUUGUGGCUUCUAAUGCUGAACUUGCUCCCCCUGCUGGCCGGGUUCUUCCUCUGCGUCUAUCAGUGAUGGAG